AUGCUUUGGGGUGGGGAGCCCACUCACGAGUUCAAAGAUCUAACCUCGAAGGCAAGACUGCUAUCAAACACGGAUAUAAUUGCAAGCUUGAAGCAGUAUUCCUCACAGCUUCUUGUCCCCCUUUCGCCCAGCAGCCAAGAGGCUGUUUUCGCGGUUGUCCAACUGCGCAAAGAACUCGAAGCAUUCUUACAUCCAGCAACCUUUACCAGCGAUGAUAAGGAGCUUGAAACAAUCUUCCGAGAUGCCAUCUCCCUCCAGGCCAGUCUCGCCCUCUAA